UUGAAUACUUUAUGAAUGAAUUGUUUGUUUUGAUUGAAUGAAUGAAUGGACAAUCAGUUGUGUAAAAAUGUGGUCAACUUUUUCAUAAGAUUUUGAUUUGAUUGUCAAUUGUUUAGUUAUUUAGUUGAUUUGUUGGACUAAUUAAUUAAGACAAUCAAAUAUGAAGACUAUAUAUAUCGGCCGUAAAACCAGUUUUAAAGGUAAGACUGUGUGGGAGAUAUUGGCGAACCUCAAGAACUUUGGAAUCGGAAGAAUGAUUACCAGACAUGAGUUGACUCAAUAUCCCGAACCAUCCUAUCAUAUCAUCAGACGAGUUGAGCCACGAAUGGAUGAAGAACUUAGAUUUGGAACCGUUUAUUGUGAGACAGUCUUCAGAGGUAAACGAUUGCCGGGAAUCAGGUCUUUCAAAGAUGGAUAUAAUCCUGAUUUCAGACUUAUUCCUAAAGACGAAGAACAAAAAUUUCUCAAUGGAUAUCAAGUGACUGAUUUGGGUGAUGUCAAGACUUUGUUGCCGAAAAAUUAUUCGGUUCCGCCGCUAAUGAAACUGUUUUUGAUGAGACAUAAACAAGAAAAGGGACAAACAGUGGACAUCAAAGAAGAGUUUAAAAUACCAUUUGUUUAUUUGAAUGAAAAAGACUUAAAUACAGAAAAAGAUGAACUCUUUUGGUUGAAACACAGGAUUGCCGAAGAAGGCGAAGAUCCAGACAUCAAAUUUGAGGGAAAGUUUACUUUUUAUGACAGAUAUACCAAAGAACUGGAAACUGAUGUCCAAAAUAAUUAAUAUUUCAAUUCAUUAUUUUAAUUAUGUAUAUCAUUAACA